AUGGACAAGCUUUCUGUUGUCAAAGAUCUGCUAGCAGUGGCCAGGGCGAUGUUGGAGGCCCGGAUGGAAUUCCUCUACCUCUCGAUGCCAAAGUACGUGAAGGCUCAGCAGAUCAUAUAUCAAGCUUUGAUAGAUCCGUUGCCGUGCAUUGUGGAGACGCUAACGCCCAACACCACAAAGCGGGCCACCCCACAAAGCGGGCCAAUUUCGGGUCACCCACAAAAAACCACCCUCAAAUUUCUAACGCUUAUUACUCCACCAAUUUACGUCCAAAUGGCCUCAAACCAAGAGCAAUUGAUUCAGCAGGCGUUAAAUGACCUAGAUAUAGGUGCUGAGAAGUCAAUUCGCAAGGUAGCUGCCAAAUACAGGGUUUCAAAAACGACUGUGGCUUACCGACGCAGAGGUCGCAACCCACGUACGCAAGCCAAUCGCAGGACUCAACGCCUAUCCCUAGAAGAAGAAAAAACUCUAAUUCAGUGGAUUCGAGAUCUACAGCGGCAGAAUCUAUGCCCAAAUUACCCUAGAAUUCGCUCUUUUGUGUACGAAAUCCUGCGAAAUCGAGGCGAUUCGCGGCCCCUGGGCAAGAACUAUGUAUCUCGCUUCAUUUCUCGCCAUUCAGAGCUUCGAACAAGCAGAUCUCGAGCUAUGGAUAUUAAGCGCCUCUCUGCGCUUGAUCCUACGGUUAUAGAGAGCUUCUUCUCUGAAUUUGAACAGCUCCGAAGUCAGUAUGGCGUCGAAAUAGAGAAUAUCUGGAAUAUGGAUGAAACAGGCUUUCAAAUGGGUCAAACAACAAGCAAUUUUGUGGCCUAUGACGCCUCUAUAGGGCGCCCUGUUGCUCCGCAGCCAGAUAAUACGCAAUGGGUCACAAUUAUUGAGUGUAUCUCAUAUCACCGCGCCCUAAAGCCCUAUCUCAUCUUUUGUGGCAAGGCACCAGAGCUACAUAUGUUCCCUGCUAUUGAUGAGCUACCUGACAUUAUUUGGGCCUUCUCUCUAAAGGGAUGGACUGAUAAUGAGCUUGGUAUUGAUUGGCUAAGGCGGAUAUUUAUUCCACAGAGGCCUAUAGGCAAGCAUUCUAUUCUGAUUCUUGAUGGCCAUGACAGUCAUUCUACAGGCCUAUUUCAGUAUCUCUGCCUUCAAAACGACAUCCAUCCACUCUAUCUACCAGCUCAUGCCUCUCAUAAGCUUCAACCACUCGAUUUAGGACCCUUUUCGCCUCUCAAAGCAGCAUAUGGCCAACUAGUACAAAGAUUUGCACUAACAGGCCUUGCAACACUCAACCGCAGAGUAUUUACCAAGCUCUAUAUUGAAGCACGUCAAACUACAUUUACUGAGCGAAAUAUUCGUGCUGGAUGGCAUCGUACAGGAAUUUGGCCUCUAAAUAAGCAAAAACUACUCAAUGACCCUGAAAUUCGAAAUUUUGGACGUACUACGCCUGAGUAUCAACCCCCAGCUACGUCAGAUGGUCUCUAUAGCACUCCAAAGCAGAGUGACAAUUUACGCGCACUAAUUCGUCAAAUUGAGGCCAAAACAACGCCUCAAACAAGACGCGCUGUACGAAAGCUUGGCCACAGCGCUAUUCAAGAGCAUACUGGCGCUCAAUUGCUUCGAACGCAGCUCCGAGAGCUACGUCAAUUGGCUUUGAAGCAAGAGCUUACCAAACGCUCAAAAAGGAUACAAAAAGAGACAAAGCAGCGGUCGUGGAAUCUCGAACAGGUCAGGGCUGCUCUAGCGCCUAAAAAGGUCCAUUUCGUACGCAAGGAGGGCGGCGAAAAGCGAAUUCUGCCCAAUUUGAAUGAGUAUAGCAGCUCUAAUGCAGUAGAAUUUGGUGUUGUUGCUAACCCGAAAUUGGCCCGCUUUGUGGGGUGGCCCGCUUUGUGGUGUUGGGCGUUAGUCAACACUCGGACCAAGUAUGUGAGAGACAAACAUGCUUUGGAAUGGUACGUGUCACAAGAUUUUGCGCGUCCCGCUGAAGCUGAAGGGCUACAGUUCAUCCUGCAUGAUAUCAAAAUACGCAAUGCCGAUGCCAUCAGCGGCGAAACUGCACCUUCACUAGUUGAGGUUGAUGGCCACAACAUAUCGUCGAUCGAAAUCCGGCGGGCUGAAACCGUACCUGAACUGGGACAGAUACAAUGUACGCGGAGUGUGAAAAUAAUUGAUCGCCUUCGAAGCGAGGGUGAUGUGUCUCUGGAGAUAUACUGUCGAGGGCGUCAUACUAUCACUGCCCAGAAGAGGAAGCCGACCGAGGCCCGGAUCAAUUAUGAGCUACUUGUGAAUAUCUAUGGUAAGGCCUACAUGUUUGAAAGGGUCGGCAAGUUUUUCGAAGCGGCAAAGAUCUACCUUCAAGACCCUGUGUGCUGUGCUCGAGAUGUUCCGUACAAGAAUCCCCACAUUUUGGCCAAAGAAGACGAUAUUAUUAUGACUAGUUCGCUGGAAUCGAGGCAGCAACUCGAGACAUUUACAGCCCCUGGCGACAUCUUUGACCACCUACUAGUGACUGACUAUCUUCCUGAGGCGCAAACUCCGCAAGCAUUGAAAACAACGCUACAUAGCCAUCAGAAACAAGCACUGUAUUUUAUGCUGCAAAAUGAACGGGGAUACGUGACGAACGGAACACUUGAGGGCAUGUGGGAAACAGUAGAUGGCCAAAAGCCUGAGUGGGUCAACCGCAUUACUGGUGAACGGCGACUCACACCACCACCGCCAUUUUCGGGAGGGAUCGUCGCGGAUCAGAUGGGCCUCGGAAAGACGUUGGAGAUGAUUUCUCUAGUGGCAUCUGAUCUUAGAACUUCAUCACGUUUCGAUGUGAAUAGUACUUCGCCGAGUCACACUUCUUUUCGAGCGCCUACUCCCGCAACCCUAGUGGUGGUUCCUGUUUCACUCCUUUACACCUGGAGGGGCCAGUUGGAAAGACAUUUGUAUCCAGAUUCUAUGCGUUGGCACAUCUUUCAUGGACCUAACCGGGAACUGAACUUGAGAAAUAAUAUCGGUUUUGACGUCAUUCUUACUACGUACGAUGUUGUCGUUGCAGAAUACAGGAAGAUUGUGAAAUUUUCCUGCAAUACUUCGAUAUUCUCUACUUUGUGGCGCCGAAUUAUCUUGGACGAAGCACAUUAUGUAAAAAACGCGGAUGCUCUCAGGACUCGAGCAGUUUGUGCCUUACAAGCCAUUUCGCGAUGGGCUGUGACCGGAACACCCAUUCAGAAUCGAUUGACCGAUCUAUAUUCGCUGAUUCACUUCCUCCAAAUCAGCCCAUUUGACGACCGAAAAGUCUUCGAUACUCAAAUACUACGCCCAUGGCAAACGAAGUCGGAUGUUUCUGCAAUCUAUAGGCUUAAAUUGCUUGUGAAAUUCAUCGCAAUUAGGAGGUCCAAAGCUCUGCUUCAGCUUCCGCCACGUAGUGACCAGAUAAGACGAGUGGAAUUUUCUGAUAAAGAGAGGAAUCAGUACGAAGCGCUUAGACUCCGCAUCAAAGGCGCUGCUUUUUACGAAAACACAUUCCAUGGCAGAGAGUCGUAUUUCCAUGUGCUGCGAUGGAUCGAUGAUUUACGAACCCUCUGCAGCUAUGGAGCUCAGGCCUUUGAAUCUAGAUCCAAGGGCUUGUCUGUUCAUGGGAACGAGAAAUCGGUGCUGCUUGACCAAGAGAAUCUCUACUGGAGGGAAGAAGAACAAAAUCUUGACCAGGCGGGCUCGCUUUUAGAGCCAGGCUUUCUGCCUAAUGCGAACCCUUCAGUGGGUGCAUCUCCUGAGCCAGACCAGGGAGUUCAACUGAGAGAAUUGGAUGAUCAAAUGCCGCUGGGACUCCCUACUCCUCCUCGCAGCCAACGUUUGCCACUCAAGCCAUCACCCGGUUUAGCGAUGCCUCCUUCCUCGGAGUUGCAGCACGAGCAAGAUGCCUCGACAGGUUUAUCCACCAAAAUCGCAGCCCUUAUGACCGAUUUGGUUGCUAACAAGGCGGGCAAAAGGUGA